AUGGCACCUACUCUCGAAUUCGCAUUCAGGCUUGAAGUCGAUCUAGCCGAAGCGCUCGACUUUGGCAACACUCCAGCUGGUGAUAGACGUUUUAUUCCAAUCAACGGUGGACGUGCCGAAGGGCCUAAGCUAAACGCUACGAUUCUACCUGGUGGAGGCGAUUGGAACGUCCUCCGAGAAGAUGGUGUCGGGCAUGUAUUUGCCAAAUAUACUAUUAAAUCAGACGAUGGAGUCUUGAUCAGUGUCACCAAUGAAGGAUGGAUCCCUAAAUUUCGGAAAAGGUCUCCUGGGGACCCGGAAGAUGGAGCUGAGGGUAAAUCUGGUAUGGUGCCUGAGGAGAAGUGGUACGCGAGGACAAAUCCACGAUUUGAGGUUCAAGAUGGUCCGCAUAAUUGGUUAAAUCGGACGUUGUUUGUGGGAGAGUUGCAUAAACCGGAGAUACCAUUUCAUGUUACUAUUGAUGUUUACUCUGUUGAAUGA